AUGUCACAAUCCAUAAGAAGCCCUCGCGGCAAAACAGAAUACGCAACCUACCAACCCCAUCAAAUCCCCUAUUCAGCACACUACGAAGACUCUCUCUACCACAUCCUCGAAUACNCCCCGCGCUCCCGCGACGGCAUCUUCAUAAUCCAAAACGACUCGUCCGAGCAACCGAAACAAGGCAUCUCCGUGCGCCAAAGAGAUAUAGAUCCAGCUUCUCUGCCACAAAUCUCAUUACAGCAACUUCCUCUGUCUGUUCACGAUCCCCGCCGUAUAUUCGCAAGUCCCAUACCAGGACUGAGAUUGACGCAUCCUGGGGGUUAUUUGGAGGGUGGGCCUGGUUUGUCGCCUGAAGAGCAGAAGAAUUGGGCUAGAGAGUUUUUGGAGAGGGAAGGUGUUGUGGGUGAGGAGGCUUUGGAUAUGGCUGUGCAACAUCACAUGCAGCAGAAUAUGGCAUUGGCCAAGGAACGCAUGCGCGCCCGCUACGAUGCGCUACAGCAGAAUACCAGGAUUGAAAAGGAGAUCAAGACGUUAAUGGAUCAGAGGGAGAUGGAAGUCAAGAUCGAGACGCGCAUGAAGGAAGACGCAAAGAGAAGAAGGGAGAAUCGCGAACACAAGAGGAAGGUGCCUGCUGUCUGA